AUGUUUCUACUGAGAUUGAAACAUCUUCCUAUUAAACAAAAGGUCCUUGUGGUUAUGCAGGCUGGCGCUGAUAAUGUGCGUAGGUUGAGAUUGAGUAAAAAAGAGUUUUAUAAGAAUAUGAGGUUAUAA